UUGCAAAAGUCUCCUCCAUAGGGGUGAUCGAGGAUGGACCCCUGGUUAUAUAUACAGAUCAAAUGGGGUCCACGAAAUUUCUGUUGCUUCCCACCCCCCAUCGAGCGCCAAGCGGCGUCACUUACGACUAAUCGUUUGCAUUCAGCCUCGGGAUCAGCACCGGUUUCAAUCAAGGCGAACGGAGACGAGCUGCGCGGUAGGCCCUUUGACCCAGGGAAGCACAGCCCACCCGAGACGGAAAAGGGGCAUGCAGCCGAUGUUUGUACAUUAGACCGGAGUUAUGCACCGCAUUAGCUCGCGGUGGAGGCCAUGUCGAGGGCCUCGAGAUUGAUCGGGCUCGGCUGAGGUGGACCGAACCAGCCCAGGCGGCUGAGGAUCCAUGGGCGAAACUGCGGACCUCGUGGCAGGAGGAGUCAUUCGGGAUAAUUUCUUUCGCAAUUUCGUUCCUCUAUUAGUCCAGGUCCGAUAGUGGGGCGUCAUUCCCGUUGGGUAGGAAGUUUCUCGAGCUGUCUUUCGUCAACUUACCGAGGUUCAGAGAUAAGUGAACCAUAUCGCUAGACAUCUUCUAGACUCCCUGUUUCCAGGCCACGUAGCACAAACAGUGCUAACUGCGAUGAAGACUGAUAGUUACGAGCUCAUGCCCGAUUGUAGGUCAGAUUGAGUUACGGUAAAAACUGCCGAGCAGAAGUUGUUCGGAGCCGGACAGAGAGAGCCCAUUGUUGGAGCUGCAGGAUGCCGAUCAUCAGAAUUACCACUCCGUAGUGGCGUUAACUUCUUCAUGACUCUCUAUGCCCUCACCGCCCACACAAGAGAAAAACAAAAGGUUGAUAAGCAAAGAUUUUAUGCACAGUCGCAUAUUGGCCUUUUUGUGGUUAGCGUGGCUUCUAGAAGGCAGAUGAUCCAUGGGUCACUAAGCCAAUCCGGGCCUGAUGGGACCACUUCCUGCCUAGAUUGGAAGGCGGGCAGGCCCAGCUGGCGGAGGGAUUCCGACGGCAUAAAUCCAGUGAUGCAGCAGUCAUCUGCACAGCG